CCUUAGUUGUAGUCCGGAUAGUAGGUGUGUUUGUGUGGCUGCUAGACAAAGCUUACCGGUGAGUCAGGUACCGCUAACCGGACCGCAUCAUGGCUGUGCUUCUUCUGCAUCAGUUCAAGGCACUUCCUGCUGAUAAACAAAUAGACACCUGCAGCUUCCUGGAUUCUGUUUCCCAUCUGCCCGCUUUCUUUGACUGCCUUGGAUCUGCAAUAUUUUCUCCAAUCAAGGCAGAUAUUACAGGAAAUAUAACGAAAAUCCGUUCAGUCUAUGAAUCAAACCCUACCCAGUUCAAGACCCUGCAGAUGAUUCUGGAAGGAGAGAAGGAAUUGUAUGGGCCAAAGUGGCCAAAAGCUGGGGCAACAUUAGCACUGAUGUGGUUAAAAAGGGGCCUAAAGUUUAUUCAGGUUCUGCUACAGAGUAUUUCUGACGGAGAAAGAGAUGACCAGAACCCGAAUCUUAUCAAGGUGAACAUAACCAAGGCAUAUGACAUAGCGCUCAAAAAUUACCAUGGCUGGCUUGUACAGAAGUUUUUCCAGACUGCACUAAUUGCAGCUCCAUACAAAGAUGACUUCCUUAAGGCCCUCUCCAAAGGACAAGCUGUAAAGGAAGAGGAAUGCAUAGAGAAGAUCCGGAAGUUCCUGGUGAAUUACACUACAACCAUAGAAGCAAUCUAUAUAAUGUAUAACAAGAUGAAUGCAGAGCUGGAUUACAAAGCUUAGUUAACCCUACCAAAGACUGCUAACCACAUACUGUUUCUGGACACCGCUCAGGAGAUUUUGUUUUUUCAAUGGAAUGUUCUCAUUGGAUGGGUGCAUGCUGCAGAACCAAAGUAAACUAAUUGACAGUUAUUUUUUUCAGCAGGGUCAGACUGGCUGCAGGUUACUAUGGGGUUCACAUUAGAAUUUAGGCAUCUGUCUCUUCUAGGCCUGAUUUGGCCUUGGAAAAGAUGGCAUUUAAAAACAGAACCUAGCAAGUACAGUAUGUAUACAUAACAAGCACCCAAUAAAUACAAAUCACUGUCAUUAGAUCACUUUGGUACUUUUAGCUUACACCUUUUUUCUGCCCUUGGGUCACCAAAGUAGCACUGCUGAUUAAUAAUGCUGGGACUAAAUACAAACAUAUUAUUUAACUUCUAACUUUAUAACUGUAUAUAUUGGAACUUUAAUGAAUUUGCAAUGUUUGCACACCCUGUCUCUUAACUGCAAGGGGGUAUAAGCUAUUUUUCUAUUAGAUCUAAAGAAAUUACAGGGUAUUGUCAAUUCUUAUAUGGUUUGACAUUUAUUUAUUUUCAAACACAGUGUGGUCUCUUGUCUAACUAUAGAUUUCACCAACAGAUGGUCACGGAAAGGCAAACUGUGGUUAAAAUGCAAGUGACACAUAUAUGAUGUGCUGUAUCAUGAUUGUGCCUUUUGUGAUUCUGGUUUAGGCUUUGGUGAGCUUUCCUGACUUUUCUUCUUAUCCAGAAUGCCCGGGACCAGAGGUUUUCCAGAUAACGGAUCUUUCCUUUAUUUGGAUCUUCAUACUUUAAAAUCUACUAUAAAAUCAUGUUAACAUUAAAUAAACCCAAUUGGCUGGGUACUGUUUUUUAUCAUUACAGAAAAAAAA